AUGUCGGACCUGAAACCGAUCUCCGUACGCGACCGAUUAGCUUAUUUCAACCAAAGCUCGUUUAUAGACGAUGAUUCUGGUCGGCAGCGGGCAGUUUACGCGGCUGAACGACAGGAACAACGCUUGGCUGGUCCGUUGAUCGCGCCCGACACUUUGCAUUACGAAGCGAACGACUGGGGGACGCUACGGGCGCCGCCUCGGAUGGCGCCCCCACCGACGCCACCGUCGAUGACGGCUACACCGCUUUCUCAACAACGGGAGGUAUGGCGGGAAGCGUCGUCCACGGGAAACACUCAGACUGGUUCAACGAGACAGGGCUUCACGGGACUUGAUUCGAGCGGGCGUCCGAACGGAGCCGGGCGCUCCACGCGGAAACCGGCAAUCAUUCGCACACCAGUUCCUCAGACACCAAGCCCACCUACACCAUGGAGUUCGGAGAAUGCGCGCUCACAGUCAUCACAAUCAGUGAGAGGCCCCACGGAAGACGUCACCCGGUCCACCGAUUACCAGGGACACGUCUCGGAACGACGCACGCCGCCUGCCAUGCGCGUGCUCUGCAUCGUUUAUGACUAUGUGGAGGACACGGAGUUCUUCGUCGCUGAAGCGGCGCUACGUGCCGUAGGCAUCGACGUAGAUGUGGCAUCGCCGUCCGCGACCCGAGCGGGUUCCGUGGUUCGCUCUGUGGUGCGCGUCAGUGACGACACCGCCGGUGAGGCAGUGCUCCGUGCUGCAGAUCUCGACGGGCAUCGAAUAAGAACCAACUUAGGCUUCUUGCAGGCAACGCAGACGCAUCAUGCUCGGGAGAGCGGGCAGCGUCAGUCGUCUGUCCCAGAUGCCAAAACUGCGUCUUGUCUGGCCCCAGCAGAAGAAGCCAUCAUUCGGGAGUGGUCGGAACGGUACGCGGCACUGAUUCUACCGGGAGGUCGCCUGAGCGGCGCACUCGCCGUAGCCCACCGGUACCCUUCACUGCUGCGCCUUAUCCAAGCGUUUCAUGAACGAGGUCGUAUCAUCGCCGCUAUCUCGACAGCGCCAGUGUUGCUUUCCGCUGCAGGUCUGACCGUCACCGGUGAACUAGGAGUCUCCUUGACUGCACAUCCUCUGGUCAAGGACGACAUUUACCCGCCCUCUGCCUACUUGCAGCGAAUAGACUGGGAGCCGGACGAGCUCGAGCAGCAGCGGUGCGACUCGGGUGCGGCACGGAACGAGCCGCCUGCCUCCGUCGCGGUCGCAGACGCCAAUGUGGUGACGGCGGCUUGCUGGCAGGGGCACCCCCAGUACCUCUCUCAGGUUUUGUGCAUGCUGGGUGUCACUGUCAGAGGCAACGACCUCCGCGUCCUGGUGCUUACCGAGUCCGGCUGCGAGCUCACUGAAAUCCUCGCAAGCGUACAGGUCUUGCAGACGCUGGGUCUUACCGUGGACGUUGGCCUACCACCACCGCCGCAGCCAGCGGGUUCGGGAGAGGCUUCAGCAACUAGACGCCGCCGCUUCUUUACCGUGUUGCGCGAGUAUGAGGCAAGGCCUGCUGUCCAGGGCGAACCCUCGACCGAUGAGGAGCCACUUAUUUACCACGAACGCCCAUGUCGUUCGUUUGAGGCCAGUAUUUCAGACGUUACCAGCGUCUCUCCGUAUGAAUACGAUGGAAUCCUCAUCACUGGUGGAAGCUCUGCGUGGCGAAUACGCAGCCAUGAGCGCGUACUCCAGUGGAUUGCAAAGCCGCUGUUGCGUCCGACGCGGAAGCGCGAAACGCAUAUAGAGACGCAUACGGCAGCGGGUAGCACUGCGGCCGUUGCAGGAACGCGCACCACCUCAUGGACGCAACAACAACAGCAACAGCAACAGCAACAGAUGCUUCCAGGUGCACCUGUGAUCGGUGCGAUCGGUGAGGGUGCCCUGGUGCUGCUCGCAGCAACGCGCUUCGUCGGUGCAAACACGUGUCGAGAGGUGACUGGCUUUCCUGGGUAUGUGCCGCCCGGGAGCGGCUUUGUGAUGCCUCGCACACCCUUCGAUAUUCAUUGGGAUGGACAUGUGGUGACUUGUGCUUCUUGGCUAGCGGUACCGGAGUUUCUUCGGACAUUCCUCGAGGCCAUGGGUUGCGAAACACACGUGUGA